GCUAUCUAAUCUUUUUGGCUUCGCUGCAUUUGGUGUCUCUCUCUCGCUCUUCGCUCUCGCUCAGAGUUAAGAAGGUAAUUGAAGAAAGGUGUCGUUUUUAGGGUUUGAGGCACAUUGCAUUUGCGAGGUCACGCUAUAAAAACCCAGGUUCUCAAUUGGAUUCUCCCUUAGGGUUUCGCACAUUUUCUUUUUUCCUUCCAUCUCGCAUUCUCGAGAUCUAGGGUUUAUGCUUCCAUUAUUCUUUCAGCCUUUCAUUUCCCUUUUCCGCAAUUCUUUCAUUUUUUGUGUGCGCGAUUUCAAAUAAUGAGCGUGCCUUUGCUCACUUGGGUGUGUGCAAAAUAGGGAUUUUAAGGAAUCUUGCAUUCGAUUAAGUGGUGAUUGCUAUUUCACCGUGAAAGCGGAAAAAAAGCCUUUCGUUUGUUUCGACAUUUUCGGAAAGUAAGCGAAUUGUGGAGGGCGAAACUGAAAUCAGCCGAUACGAUAGGGUAUGAGAGAAGUUCACCCGUCACUGGGUUUUAUGAUAUUUUGCUUUAAAAUUUGGAGGAUAAGACUUGAUUUGUGCUUCUUGGGAUUGGGGUUUUUUCUGAGAUUGUUGUGUGGGAGUAAAAUCUGUUGUUGGAGUUGAUAUGUGCAGUUGUUGGGGUUUUUUCUUAUGGCACCAACUGUACCUAUAGAGUUUGCUGGACAAAAGGAAUCCAGAAAGUACUCUCAUUCACAGAAUAUGGGGAAAUCUAGAAAAUACUCCAAAGGUUAUGCUACUGGCUUUGUUCCUGAUUUUCGGCAUGCUGUUGAGACUAUGGGUGAAUCAGAAGGGCUAGGUAGCUUGGGAAGGGUUGAUACAGAACUGACAGCAUUGGCAGAUUCUUGUGCACCGAAAGGGAAACGCCCUGGCUUAAAUGCAGGUGACGGUGGUUAUGGUAGUUUUGAUGUACCAUUUCAACAUUUCUCAUUAUCAGCGAUGUCGGGUUUUGAGAGAAAGGAUUUGAAAGUGAGGUUAACUUGGGAACUUGAACAAGUAAGGGAAUUUCGGAAGAAAAUUGAUGGUAUGAACUCAAAUGUUGUUGGAUUGUCUCUCUCCAGUGACAUAAUGAGCUGCAGUGCAGGGCAGAAGAGGCCUAAGCUGGAGAGCCAGCAUAGGACAAUGGAAGUAUCAGUGCCACAUGGUAAGAAAAGGCCCUUACCGGGACAUACUGGUCCCAAGUUAAAGAAAAGUAUGUCUGGGCAUCUUGAAUAUGCAAAACCUGCUGCACCAGUGACUUCAUAUGCUACGUUGAUGAAAUUAUGUGAGAAUGUACUAAACCGAUUGAUGUCUCAUCAGUUUGGUUGGGUUUUUAACACUCCAGUUGAUGUUGUUAAAUUGAACAUUCCGGAUUAUUUUACUGUCAUCAAGCAUCCAAUGGAUUUGGGUACUGUGAAGAAGAGAAUAACCUCUGGCGAAUAUUCAAAUCCCAUGGAUUUUGCUGCUGAUGUGCGGCUGACUUUCGAAAAUGCAAUGUUUUAUAAUCCAGCUGGCAAUGAUGUACACAUCAUGGCAGAGACCCUUAGUAAAUUUUUUGAAACAAGGUGGAAGGCCAUAGAGAAGAAAAUUCCUGCUAUUGAUAGUGUCGCAUCUGAGCCUUCAAGACCUACUCACGUGGAAACAGAAAUUUCUGAUCGAGUUCCUCCCACAAAAAAGAAGAAAAUAACACCAAAUGACACUAAUGUCAAGCCAGAGCCUGUUAAAAGAAUCAUGACUGUAGAAGAGAAGCAAAAGUUGAGUCUAGAGUUGGAGACGAUGAUUGGAGAGCUGCCUGAUAGCAUUAGUGAUUUCUUGAGGGAGCAAAGUUAUAAUGAAGGGCAAAUCAAUGAUGAUGAAAUUGAGAUUGACAUUGAUGCUCUUAGUGAUGAUACCUUAUUCAAACUGCGGAAGCUUCUUGAUGAUUACAUGCUGGAGAAGCAAAAAUCCCUGGCAAAAGCUGGACAAUGUGAAAUGGAGCUUCUGAAUGAAUCAGGGUUCAGCAAUUCAUCAAUGCAACCUCACAAGGAUGCAGGCGAAGAACAGGUUGAGGAGGAUGUUGACAUUAUUGGUGGGAAUGAUCCUCCUAUUUCAAAUUAUCCUCCAUUAGAGAUUGAAAAAGAUGUUACCAAUAGAAACAGUAAAUGCAGUAGCUUGAGCAGCUCUAGUAGUGAAUCUGGCUCUUCAUCCAGUGAUUCAGACUCAGGCAGUUCAUCUGGUAGUGAGUUGGAUAUGGCUAAAACAUCAGAACCUCUUAGUGCCACCAAGGAAAACGUAGGAUUUGAUUUGACUUCAGAUCAAAACAAAGGGGAUCCUGGUAAUUCAGAAACUGGAAAGGAUUCAACAAAUGUGGGAGGCCAAGUUGAGCAGAGUUCCCAGAGUGGGCAUGUUGCUACUGAGCCAGAAAGUCAUCAAGACGGGGAGAGUGCUGCAUCUAAGAGGCAAGUCUCUCCUGAAAAGCUCUACCGUGCAGCUUUGUUAAGGAGCCGUUUUGCUGACACCAUACUUAAAGCUCAAGAGAAAGCCCUUGAAAAGGAUGAAAAGCGAGAUCCUGAAAAACUUAGGAUUGAGCGAGAAGAUCUUGAAAGACGGCAGAAAGAAGAGAAAGCUCGGUUGCAAGCGGAGGCAAAGGCUGCAGAAGAGGCUCAGAGGAAAGCUGAAGCAGAAGCUGCAGCUGAAGCCAAAAGGAAAAGGGAACUGGAAAGAGAAGCAGCCCGCCAGGCUUUGCAAAAGAUGGAGAAAACUGUUGAUAUCAAUGAGAACAGUCAUUUUUUGGAAGAUCUAGAGAUGCUUAGUGCUGUACAUGAUGAACAUCUGCCAAGUUUCAAAGAGGAGACAAGCGCAGAUCAACCUCAAGAUGGAUUGGGUGGGAUCAAGCUACAGGGAAAUCCCUUAGAACAGCUAGGGUUGUACAUGAAGGAGGAGGAGGAGGAGGAGGAAGAGGAGGAGCCACCUCUGAGUGGUGCUGCAGGACCAUCAAAUGAUGUGGAAGAAGGAGAGAUUGAUUGAUUUGUUCCCCUUGAUUGUUCCAUUAUUUUGAACAGAUAUAUAAACGGGGUAUUUCUUGGGAACAGUUGCUGGACUUAGGGAUGCUGCUUUUUUGUGGCUAUGGGGAACAGUUGAUGAACAAAUAAUUACUAUUUGUAUGUCUGAUGCUGGUUCACGACGGGAUAGCAAACUUAUAGCAAACGAGUGAAGAUUGGAUUUGGUUUUGGUUCUGGUUCUUUCUGAUUAAUUUUGGUUUUAACUUGGGAAAUGGUUUCUGAGAAUGUGGAUAGAAAGCUCGUAGCCCCCAUUUAUUGAAGGGCUUUGGUAUCUUGGAUGGAAAGUUUGUAUCAAUCAGAAUAUGUCCAAUUUUGCUUGUAAAGAGGAACUCAUUUGUAACGAGUUCUAUGUCUCUGACCUCAAGUAGUUGGCGUCUCUGACAAUGUAAAAUAUUUUAGAGCCAGGGUAAAAAUUAAUUCUUUCUAUUUAUUUUUUCCUUGAA